AAAAUGGCGGUUGAUUUGAACUUUACGAGUCUCUUCUCGUAAUACUCGUCUUUCACUCCACAUUUUCGAUCAAACUAUUUAGCUAUGGGGCCUUUUCUUAAACUCUGACGUUUCUUUGAACUAAAACUACCUCYAUGAUGAGUUUCAGUGCGUCUGAGCCCUUCAAAGCUACGAAAAUUUGGAACGAUCUUGUUGAAAACUUGAAGUCGAACUUGGAACCAAGGAAAAGAAGAUGGAAACUACAAACGUUUGAGAACUGUUUUAAAGGAAGUGAGGUCGUAGAAGAGCUACAAAACUACGUGCUUAACCAUCCUGAACUCGUGAGUGAUCCGUCUAAAGUCCAAGUGAAGUCUCUUGGUCAGUUUUUACUGGAGUCUCGCAUCAUCGAAAGCGUUAUUACUUUGAACGUUAACAACGAAGGGAAAAAGGAAUCGUUCGAGCGAAAUGGAAACCACUUGUACAGGUUUGUUGAAAACCAAGAACGAACUGUAGAAUCAAAUAAGAAUUGUGAAAAAACGGAAAAGAAGAAGAAAAGGCUGAGUCUUGAUAGGUGGAAUGUGCAUAAGCGAUCUUCGAAGAGAAGGUCGGUUGCUACGUUUUCAAACACUGAAGAACUUGAUUCAUCAUCGAAGGAAAAUAUGGCCGAUAAUGAUCAGAAUGAUAAGGAAGCUAGGCGUAAAAGGAGGAAGAGUUUUGGAGGUUCAAGUGGCUUUAAAGGAGGRGAUUAUCUAAAUGCGUUAGUAGAGACACCGAGGAAGAUAAGACGAAGGAGCUUUACUAACCAUAACAAGAAGUCAAAGGUUGUUUCACAAGUAGAAGAAAUUSUUUAUCCACCAAAUAUCUACAGGAACAUCUGGCUUGAGGUAACUUUGUCCAGUUUACUCAAGUUAGUAGAUGUAUUCUACCUUGAAGAUAUUCUUAUUCCAUCUGACUCARAUCACUUCUUAGGUGAGAUAGAAUUAGCUAAUAAUCCUUACGACAGACUYGUAAAGUCUUUAAAUGAUUCCUCUUCAAGUAUGGAUUCAUCUUGUGAACUGAGAGGUGGAAGGCGAGGACGGGACAGCAUUUGGAAACAAGCUGCCAUAGAAUGUUUUAAUGCAUUGCAAGAUUAUCCCUUAGCACAAGAAUCAGGGUUUGAGUUCCAUAACAAGGUGGUUAUCACAGAAGCAGGGAUUUCAAAUUCCUUGGCUAAAUUCUAUAGAUCAUUGACUGAUUCACUUAUUCCGGCAAAGUUUGUUAGUCUUCUYGAAGGAAUUAUGCAGCUCAUGAAGACGAGAAAGAAAGUUGUGAUCAAUGCACUGAGGCUGUUGAUUCUGUUGAUKCCUGAGGACAGGAAAGAGCAUUUGAAAAGGCUGCUCAAUUUCUUUCAAAAGAGUUUGAUCUCCCAAGCCAGAAUAUCAGCAGAACAAAGGAAGAAAUAUUUGUGUAGGAUUUUUGCAAAUGGAAUGCUUCCAUCAUCAGUUCAAGAUCAUGAGAUGACAGAGUCACUUCUAUUAGUGAUGAUGUCAGAACAUGAAAAGCUGUUUCACGUUACAUCAAACAUCAAACUAGAAGUCAAYCGUCACCUGCUAUCAUUUCAACAAGGCGUAGAUAAUCCUAUCACAGCAGUAUCAGCCUGCAGAAGAGUGUCUCUCAUCAAAUAUGAGCAACAGAAAGAAAACAUGACGAAAGAAAGUUUGAAUAAUCUAAUGAACUGCAUUGUGGAUGACCUUACUAUGUCCGUCAAGACAAAGGAACGAUUGCUGAGAGAUUUUCAUAGACACCACCCAGAAGUAUUUGAAGUACAGUUUCCUGGAGGAGAAUUUUGAGGAAACCCCAAUAUUCAGUAAACAGAACCUUUAAAUUAAAAUAAGCUUUUUCUGCAUUCAAUGAACAUGAUGCAUUGUGGUCUAGCUUGGGUACAAACACACCAUAUAAGGCAUGAUGAAKAAAAGAUGUUUGUAUCCAAAUUUAGACCAAAAUUUAGACGCUUGACUGCAAAUCUAUCGCUAUGACUAUGAUUCGAGUUUCUUCAAGAUCAGAUAAGUCAAUACCGAUAAGCAUUAAGCAUUUGAAAUUCGGAGUCGGAAUCCUUAGAAAUGUUUAUGAAACCCAUUUGAUUGAUGUCCACCAAAACUCAAUUUUUCGUUUGUGAUUUAGGCCUCAGUUGGUCGUGUGUGACUGGGAAUCGCGGUAAAACUAUUUCAGAAACGUUUUGUGUUAGACUUGUAGUUUUUUUCUGACUGAUUAAAAAAUAUGUAGAUAGAAAAUCAAACAGCUGGUAAGAAUAUUUUGAUAAUGUUUCAUCAAAAUUGAAAUUGUUAAUGGUUAGUUUAUGAGUUACAAAUGCCUUCAACAAAGUUCAUGGUUUGAAAAUUAAUUUGAUGUCUUGUAAAUUAUUAAUAGAAUUUCUUCUCAAAGGGUUUGAUAUCUUUUUAGUAUCGAGGCUUUGCAUCAUCAAGUGAUGGCAACCAUAACAGAAGGCAAGAAUUAUUAUUGAAUCUGGUCUAGUUUGAUUUACAUGAGAAAGAAUUUAGUUUUCCAGGAGAGAAAAAACAUUGUUCCUGCCUCCUGUCAUGGCUGCCAUCACAUUAUAAUGCAUGGUCUCUAUUUGUGUGAGUCAAUAAUUGUUAUUUGUUGUUUGAAAAUAAUUAAGCCACAAAAUCCAAAUGAUCAGCAAAAUAUUUUAAAAUUUUUGAGUUUUUAAAUUUGAUUAUGGGCCUUGGUCAUGUGGCAGCCAUGUUGACUGGAACAAUAGUUUUUCCCAUACGUAGGGUUUGAUCUUUGCCGUUCGAAGCGUUAUGCACUUAUCAUUUGCUUCCCUGUGGGUCGACCCCCGGGGCACCCCCGGGGAAUUGUUUUUCGUGACAAACAAAAACUAUUCAAAGMCCCUGGGUAAAGGGCAUAACUUAAUUACGAAUAGUCCUUCCCUGGGGGCCGAAAUGUACACCCAAAACCGUAUUUAUUUUAUUUAACUAUAAUUAUAGCUGGYAUGUAAAUGGUAAAAAUUGGGAAAAACCUGAAUUUCUUCGAAUAUUAAUUCAUUGGACAUCUUUGAUGAACAGCAAAU